ACGCCCCUUGCUGAUGUUCUGGUGGCACGAAAGUGUGACGAAAUGGUGAAAUCAAAGUCUGCUGCUUUGUAAUAAACACCUUGUGUCGUGAGUGUAAUAAAUAACUAAUGGCUGCUUAGUAAUCUAUGGACAUGACAUCGACGCGUAGCAAAUUAAUUUCCGAAAUGGAGUUAAAGAUUAUGCAGCAGUUUUUCUCGGUUUUACAGGCGACGAAGGAGUUUUUGGACGCGCUAAGUGAGACGGGCGCGGCGUGCGUGUCUCGGGCCAUCGCGAUCAAGUUCCUAUUGGCGCGCAAGUUCGACGUAGCGCGCGCGCACACGCUAUGGCGACAGCACGAGGCCACGCGGCGUCGGGAAGGCCUCAUCAAGUUCGAACCUUUUGAAGAUCCUCUCAAAAGCGAACUUCAAACUGGAAAGUUUACGAUAUUGUCGACACGGGACGCGACGGGCGCUGCGAUCGCGGUGUUUACUGCGAACAAACAUUUUCCUACGCAAACGUCUCACCAAACAACUUUACAGGGUCUCGUGUACCAGUUGGACGUGGCGCUGCAAUCGGUCGAAACCCAACGCGCGGGCCUCGUGUUCAUAUACGACAUGACCGACUCCAAGUACACCAACUUCGACUACGAGCUGUCGCAGAAGAUUCUUACCAUGCUCAAGGGCGGUUACCCGGCGAAGUUAAAGAAGGUGCUGAUAGUGACGGCCCCGCUCUGGUUCAAGGCGCCGUUCCGCAUCCUCCGGCUGUUUGUGCGGGAGAAGCUGCGAGAACGUGUUCACACGGUGAGCGCGCCGCAACUGGGAGUGCACGUGCCACGCGCCAGCCUCCCGCGCCAGCUCGGCGGACAGCUGGAAGUCGACCACGCCGCCUGGCUUGAGCAUUGUAGGAACUGCUACACUACUAACCUAGUGUCAAAGUGCGACGGCGACAUCGACGACUAUGUAAUCAGCAAUCACAUACCACCGGUCAAACAACGAAAUGGUAUGAUAAAUGAGGAAGUUGCGUGUGACAUGACCAGCGACCGCGUGCCCCGCCUAGACAACGGCUCAGACAUCAUGCAUAUCAGCGGCGACCCCGCGUACACCUGCGACCCCAGCCCACUGAGACACACGCACGGCUACAAUGGCGACAUGAAGGCCGGACACAUAAACUCCGGGGACGAGGACGACUUAGACUUAAUCACACGCGGCACGUGGUCGUCAGGCGAAGCGUCGCCCGGCCUCUCCGACGAGGAGUGCGGCGGCGGCGGUGCAGGUGAAACACCAGCGGCAUUACUAGCCCGCUUACACUCCUUAGGCCGGCGGGGACUGGUAGCAGAGUACGAAGAAAUACGAGCCCGCCCGCCGAAUGGCACCUUCCACCAUGCCAAGUUACCCAGCAACCUCGCCAAGAACAGAUACACGGACGUUCUCUGCUACGAUCACUCGCGGGUGCUGUUGUCGCAAGAAGACGACGAUCCCAGCUCCGACUACAUCAACGCCAACUACGUGGACGGAUACAAACAGAGAAACGCUUUUAUAUGCACACAGGGUCCGCUACCAAAAACGUUCGGAGAUUUCUGGCGGAUGGUAUGGGAGCAGGGUAGCUUGGUGGUCGUGAUGACCACGCGCACGGUCGAGCGCGGCAGAGUCAAGUGCGGUCAGUACUGGCCUGUGACGGAGGGGGCCCGGUCCGUGCACGGAGGUUUUGCCGUCACCACGGAGGCGAUUGAGGUCGAGGAUGACUAUGUUGUCUCGCAUUUGCUGCUCACCGAUCUUAGGACGGAGCAGCGGCGCCGCGUGUGGCACGGCCAGUACACGCGCUGGCCCGACUACGGCGUGCCCGGCGGCGGCCGCGCACAGCCCGUACUACGCUUCCUCGCGCUCGUGCGCCGCGCGCAACACCGCGCCAGGCAAGAAUUAGGAGACGCGUGGGCGGGACACAGUAGAGGACCUCCUAUCGUAGUUCAUUGUUCAGCCGGUAUUGGACGAACAGGCACAUUCCUGACGCUGGACAUGUGCACGUCGCGGCUAGCUGCGGAGGGCGUAACCGACGUCCGUGGCACCGUGGAACGUAUACGUCAGCAACGGGCACACUCUAUUCAGAUGCCCGACCAGUACGUCUUCUGCCACCUCGCCUUGCUCGAGUAUGCGGUGAUGCACGGUUACUUAGAAUCUGCGGACCUGACGGGCUUUGACGAGGACGUCGAAGAAGAGUCCGAAUGAAGACUGUCGCGACCUCUCUGCAUCGUGCUGUGAGCAUGCCGUUGCUAUGCCGAUCCGACACGCCGACGUAACUACACAAACCGAACAGUGCCCUACAAAGUGUGUGCCAUUGUCGGUCACAAAGCCUCAAGCAAUGCGCCUGUAUGCAACAGAUCAAUGCUAGCCAGAAUAAAGCCGUGAGUGGCCUUAACUAUAAUGCCUAUAUUUAAUCGAUUAGUAUCGAAUAAAAUAGGUCAUAUAAUGUCUCAGAUCGGUCGGCCUUAUAUACCCGCCUCUAUUUAACUGAAGAGUACGGAUGGCUUCGCUUACAAGCUGAACUAUGCCGGACAGUUGAAGCCAUAUGUCACAGUACAAUAUAUAUAGACUUAUUUCGAACAUUAUAUUUCAAAAGCUGGUCUUUCCUUCCGUUUAGUGACAUUAAUUCAAGUCUGCAAAAACGCAAAGCAAAAUUAUACAAGUGUUAAGUGCUAGUGCCGCUAUUGCAUUAUUUAUAAUUGGUAAAUAUAAAACUACUGAUGAAUAACGUCGGCCGCACAAAACGACUUGUGUUCAAUAGUGUAAAUUUGUGUACGGUGUGUCUUGAACCGUUGUGCUACGCUUGGACUUUACGUGCGUGCAUAACAUAUCUUUAAAAAUUGUUGAAACGUCCCCGUCGCAUAUAUCUAAACUUGUGAAGUGACUUUAUUAAGAAAAUAAUAUACUUUGUGUCGGUGUGAGCGUAGCUUAAUUGCCGGCAUUGAUAAAGGCACAAUUCAUGGCACGCUACAUAGUUCGUCACUCAAAUGUGGAUUUUAAGUCGUGCGUUCUAGUUACAUCACUAAAUUCUAUCUUCACAUUCUUAUUACAAAAGCUGGUUUUAUGAAUUUGUUGUGUAAUUUACUACUUUUUUUUAUAUUUCUAGUAUUGAAAAGUAAAUUAUUAGUGGCUUGUUGUGUAAGGUUACUUUUAAUCCUAAUUUUGAAUGACGUUCAAUUUGGUAACCAUGACUCGUGUGGCGUUUAUUAGUGUCCUUAACAUAAGCCCUGGAUAACUUUAGUGCCCCCCCACAUGUCCAUGCAAUGAACCAGCCCUAGCGUUAAGUCUCCUAGUGUAUACUUAAAAUGAAAAUAAAUAUGUAAAUCGAAACGUUCCUGUAGUACGAAUAAGAUCCGAGUGGAUGUAUAAAAAAACUUUCCCUGGCUUUAGGUCUGCCGUCAACUGUAUAAGGCUUUAGUAUAAGGCUUUGACGCUGGUGUUGGAACACAAAGUUAAAGUAAAACAGACCUAAUUCAACUCAAGUUAAGAGUCGAUAAUUCUAUAUUUCGAAUCGUUAUUUAACAAAAGAGUCUCAAAGUAGAAGGUCGCCAGAGCUAAAACACUGGACGAAUUUCACUUUAGAUGUUGCUCACUGCGUUGUGGUCUAGUGAACUUUGACAGAUCACGAGGAAUUCCAUUUGAAUCCCUUAAUUGUUAUAAAGUAAAUUCUCUAGCACCUUAGCUGACUUUUGUUUUAUACUUUAGGUAUUAGAAUGGUAUCCUUAUUGAAAGUUGAUGGUAGACCUUGUAUUUAUUUUCGCAUUACACAUUGGUAACAAAAAAAAAACUGCAAACCUUAAUAAUUUACUACUUAGGUAUCCUCUAUGUUAUUUAUUUAUAUAUAAGAAAGUAUGGCUGUGUGAAGACUUUCUGUGUCUUUAAUUUAUGUAGUUGUUUAUACUUUUAUCAUAUUUUUAUCUAUCUGUGGACACUAAAUUGUACUAGUUUUAUACUGUAGUCGAAGGUUUGAUACAAAUUAAUGUGUUGAGGUGCUGGUAGGAUAAUGCCAUUUUUGUCUCUAACAUUCGAUUCAUUCAUUCAUUAAAAAUAUUUCACAUUUUUAUAAACUAUAAAUUAGUUAUCUAUAAUAUGCACUUAAUUAAGAUGGGUGGUCUGACAGUGAAUUGUGUGAUAUCAACCAGAAUGUCCUGCCAUCUCAUCCGUAUGCUUCGAUCUUUAAAGUGACAGUAGGAUAAUGUAUGCCGUUGGAGUCAGUGAGAUGUUAGUACCGCUAGACUGUCUUAACUAAAAUUUGUUCAACUUGACUGUGUGUCAGGUUCUUCUUCUUGAAGAGUAACUGUCCAAGUUAACCUUUGCACUUUUAAAUUAUUUAAACGUUUGCCUUUAGAGAUUGCUUUGGUAAUAAAAUCGCCAUUGCAUACCUUAUUUAUGGUAAUACUAAAUUGCGUCCUGGGUACGUCUUUGACAAACAUGGACCUUUUGGUUUGGAUUGCUCUUUAAUCACUGGAAUGCAGGCCUAAAUCCUCAUUCUUUGGACGAUGUUGUUAUAAAUCUAAGGACAUAACCCUGACCAUUAGACAGUAUCACAUUUAUUGUAUUAAAGAACACUAAGAGGAGCUGCACUAGAUUGGAACAAUUUAUUGCGCAGUUCCCUUCUGCUGCUUAGGUUUAGCUCAUACUAUUUCAUAAAAGGAGUCUGCGCAGUUCAAUUCCAGAGCGGUGCCUUAAAUGGUACUCCUCGUUUUGAUGUCAGAGUAUCCAGUUGACAACUCUACUGGAACUAACAUCUCAUUGAAGUUAAUAAAGCAAUCCAGAGUCAUUGUAUACUUGAAUAAUAAAUAUUGAAUGGUUAUAGACUGAAUACUGUUAAUUUUCUCCAAAUUUUUAUUGACGACCUGACGUCUUUAUGUGGAAGCAUACUGUUAAGCGAUUAUUUCUAUAAUCAACACAAAUAGAUAUAAAAGUAUUAUAAUUCUCGGUGAAUAAUCAUAGUUAAAAGUAUAUUGUAAUAAUAUAUUAAAGAAACAUCUAGAAAAAGACAAGACUUAUGAAGUUGAAGCAGAAAUGAAAGUUUAUUUUUCAAGGGAUGUAUGUAUUAAUCACAUAUCGUAAACAUACUCUGAGAGCCCAUCAAUUUUUCCCCAUUGUGCCAUGGGUAGCAACAAUAUUGGCUUAUUUCAAUUUCAAAUAUCAUUUAUUUCAAGGCUUAAAACAUCUGUGUCCUGGCUGAUUACAGUUAAGAGUUGAAAGUUCGAAUAAACUAAGUUGAUUAAAAUCUUCUUUGACAAUUAAUGACCUAAAAAAUGUUUAGCCUUCAUCACUUGUUCUUCACGUAUUCGUUUUACUUUAUGGAAGUUAAUUUAAUAGGAUCAUGUCUGUCCAAAAUGCCAUACUUGUUAUAAUUUGAAUGUAAUUUGCAUAGCAAAUCUUAACUAAAUUGAAUAAUAAACCUUAACAUUAAACCAUAUUUUGCACAGUAUUUCCUAUAUUGUGAAAAGAAUGGUAUCAUAAUUUUGGUCUGUACCAAGGUUUCUGUUUUUUAAAAAAUAGAAACUUAUCUACUGCUCAAAAACAGCUCCUAUCGUAUAUAUAGCCUCGGUGGGAGUGGAUUAUGAAGUGUGCCCCACAUACGUUUAGUUCGCCAACCACAAUGCUGACAGAUUAAUUGCCGUCCAAUCACGGUAUUGCAUUGCUGCAUGACCAGUAGAACCAAUCAUGCAUUUUGCGAUUCAAUUCAUGGUGCGUGCAUGUAUACCAGACUAGCACCGGUGACUAACAAAAGUGAACACAGUGGUCUAGUUUAGUUGUUGGGCUCUCAGACUAACAGAUGUAUAUUGAACCGCCGUCCUAAUCACGCAACUGACAUAUCGCAACGCCUCAUUGCUCCGCGCCUUUCUUUCAAUGCUCUUCAGAAUCUCGUCAUCGCUUUGCUUCACCUUCAUUUUUUUUUAAUACUAUGCUAGGCCAUUCUAUUCCAAGACAAAGUCGUAACCAUAUCCACUAAAAACUUUUUGUGAUGUCAAACUUGACACCUCUCUUUGUCUUUAUUAUAUAGUAUAAAACAAAGUCGCUACCGCCGUUUUUACGCUUAGAUCUUUUAAACUUUGCAACGGAUUUUAAUGAAGUUUUCAGCAAUAUAUAGACUGGUUCGAGAGGAUGGUUUAUAUGUAGUAAACAUGCAUAUUAUUGGCUAACAUUAGUAAAUAUUAAACGCGAACGCAGCCGGGACGGGUCGCUAGUUUAACUAUAAAUGUAAAUCUUCAAUUAAUCUUUAAUUGUCAUUUAUUUUAUUAUUUUUUUUAUUUUCUAGGAAGUGCUUUUACGAAUAGUUUAAUUUGCCGGAUGCUACGUAAGCAAGAAAUCUGCAACUAAUAUCACUUCAAGAAACUUUUCAUAACGAUGAGUUGUAGAAAUUCGUAUGCGACUUUCUACAGUUCACAUCGUAUUUGUUUGUAAAGGUUCGUUUUUUAGGAUUAAGCGUCUGAGAACUUCUACAUUUGGAAUUGCGAGUCCAUAUAACGGCCAACAUGUUUGACACAUCUCAAAACCUAAACGUUCGUUUGACGUUACAAAUUGUUUUACGCCAUAGCCCUACGCCAUUAUUGGAACGUUAAAAUGUCACCUGCCAAGAUCCCAUUUGUCGCUCUUCCGUAAUUCUAUUGGUGAAAUGAAAGUACUUUCUCGGAACACCUUAAAGAUGGCAGGCCAAACCAAAAGGGUUAAAGGGUUAAGACUUUGGAGUCACGUAGAACACGGGAAUAUAACUGGGGAGGCCUUCAAUGCAAAUUUUCAAGUUGAGUCGAUUGUUAUUUCGGCUUCAGCGUUAAUCUGUAAUUUUUUUAAACGAUCACACGUUAAAGUUUGGUUAUUUAAUACAAAAUUUUGCAGAUUACGCCACUAACACUGGAAGUUAAUAAUUAAUCAAUCUAAUGCAAAACUUUACUCAUAUUUUCGCUCAAAAUAAAUGUAUGAUUUUUUAAAUUUAUUUUGCUUCCUUUACUCUUCUCGCAUGCUUAGCGCCAACUCACUGUAGCAUAAUUUCAAUAAAUUGUAAUGAAAGGUUUACACUUUUCAGUGAUUUAACAUUGUGGAAAAGUUUAAAGAAUACUGUUUUUUACGGUCUGUAAUUUAAAAAAAAACUUAAACGAGGGAAAACGAUGAUGAGAUAAUAGAUGGAAGAGGAAAUGAUACAGAUACUAAAAGAUACUUCGAGCAAAUAACGUUAAAGUUAUUAACGUGUUUGUUGGACUUUGUGACUAAAAAUAAUUACGGUCUCAAGUCCAGUAGGGCUAGCAAGCGCAUCACAAGAAAAUUAUGUCUACCCAUUCAUCUCGUUUAUAGAUAAUUGGCACUCACGCAUGUAGCCCCUAUAAAGCAAACUUAGUCUUUACCUGAUGAAUUAGUAUGGUCAAACAUUUAUCGGACAGAAAAUUUAAUAUUUACGUACCUUAAAUACUAUUGAUAACUGAAUACGAAUUUAAUUAAACAAAUAAUUCAUAAAAAGUGUAAACCUUAUGUUACUUCAUAGCUAGUUCUCAUUCUUAUCAUCCGCACCAAUAAGUAGCAAUAGUUAUUAUAGAAAUAAUUUAGAGAAUGUGUAAAUUUAGAAACCAACAUAAAGAAGAGUUUAGAUAUAGUAUUUUUCACUUUAUUAGUCUCUUUUGGCAGAUUAGAUUGUUUUUUAUUUAUUUUUGAAUGAAACUGGAAAUAGGUCUCUCUGAAUAGUUCUUUAGCUUUUCUAUCUUAAUUCAUAUACUAUAAAUAUUCAACACUCAAUGAUAAGAAGAUUGAAACAUGCUUCAUUCUAAAGGUAUGUUUCCAAUUUGAAAGUUUUCGAUUUAAAGUAUCGGAUGGUACUUAUCAGUCAAAUCUGCCAAAAAGUCUCACUUUCUUUAUGAAGAAAACAGAUGCAGAUUAUGGAAAUACAUACUUGUAUAUAAAAUUAACGCACUAGUUAUAUCGAACGUAAUUUUAUAUAUCACUUUUUGUUAUGAUAAAAUGAAAUUUCUAAUUCUGCUGAACUAUUUUUCAAUUUAACAAUAUAAUAAGGAAAUUGUUAUUCUGGAACGUCUGUUGGUUCUUGUAAUAUGUAAAUAUUUUAUCAUUUUUUAUGUUUAAAAAUUUAAAUUAAAACCCUUGUGAAA